CGGGUACCAGGUAGCUGUCCUGAGUUAUUCCCUCAACGUUCAGGGUAACCAGUUGGCAGGGCAUCACGGCAAGGCUGUAUAACACUGGCAUACGAAUUGGUACGGUCGGAUGUGAUAGCCGUCGGAUAUCAGCCUGCAGAAAUGUCGACCCGGCCGUGGCAGGAAGUCGUCCAGGAAAAGCGCAACAUUCAGCAAAAGCUCGUCGAGCCAUAUCUACGCGAUAUCCAUGGACAGAAUGCUCUUCCCAGUGCAAUACUCGACAUAGACAGCGUGGAAGGCUUGACCAGCGCCUUUGCAAAUGGUAGUGUCACAGCACGUGAUGUUACGAGGACGUAUAUCCGAAGAGCUGCAGAGGCACACCAGAAGACAAACUGUCUGACCGAGGUCUUCUUCGAAGAAGCUAUCCAGGAGGCAGACAAGCUUGACCAGUACUACCAACAGCAUGGAGAAUUGGUUGGUCCUCUGCAUGGAGUCCCAGUCACUCUCAAGGAUCAAUUCGAUGUCAAAGGAGCCGACUCGACGCUAGGAUAUGUGAGCAGAGCUUUCAAGCCUGCUGCUAGGGACGCCGCAAUCGUCGAGAUCCUCAAGUCCCUGGGAGCAAUUGUUCUGGCCAAGACGAAUCUCCCACAGAGCAUAAUGUGGUGCGAGACGGAGAAUCCACUUUGGGGUCUAACAACAAAUCCUCGAGAUCCUAAUUUCACCCCUGGUGGUUCGACAGGAGGAGAAGGAGUAUUACUUGCCAUGCAAGCAUCCAUGAUAGGUUGGGGAACUGAUAUUGGCGGUUCAAUACGAAUUCCAGCACACAUGAAUGGCCUAUGGGGCUUCAAGCCUACCAGCUCCCGAUUGCCGUACAUGGGUGUCCCAGUAUCGACCGAGGGACAAGAACAUGUACCAUCUGCAGUCGGCCCAUUGACAAGGAGUCUUUCAGCUUUGGUGACGGUCAUGCAGACUGUAGUUGAUGCCAGACCAUGGGUGGUAGAUCCAAAAGUCACGCCCAUUCCGUGGAGGCGAGAAAAUUAUGAGGAUAUACAGACAAGACCAUUGACGAUAGGAGUGCUCCUUGACGACGGCGUGGUCAAAGUCCACCCGCCGAUCGAAAGAGUGCUAAAUGACAUGGUAGCCAAGCUCAAGGCUGCUGGUCACGAAAUCGUUCAAUGGAAUUCAUCUGGGCACAAGGAGUGCAUUGAAAUCAUGGAUCAAUACUACACAGCCGAUGGAGGCGAGGAUAUUCGAAGAGAAGUCCAAGCCGGGGGGGAACCGUUCAUUCCUCAUGUUGAGGCCCUGACCAACAGAGGCAAGCCAAUUACGGUCUAUGAAUAUUGGCAGUUGAACAAACGCAAACUAGCAGCACAACAAGCAUAUAACGAUAAGUGGAGCCUUGCUAAAGGUCUCGAGUCUGGUCGCACCGUGGACGUUGUGUUGAUGCCCACGAUGCCACAUCCAGCUGUACCGCAUCGCGGGUGCAAAUGGGUAGGAUACACCAAGGUGUGGAACUUCCUGGAUUAUCCGGCGCUGUCGUUUCCUGCUGGGAAAGUCGAUGCAUCGAAAGAUCUAGUAACGAAGCAUGAGCCAAGGAAUGACUACGACGCUUGGAAUUGGAAGUUAUACGACCCCAAGACCAUGGACGGACAUCCGGUCGGACUGCAGAUUGUUGGUCGACGAUUCGAGGAGGAGACGGUGCUCGGCGUGGCUGCUGUGAUGGAAAAGCUGAUAAAGUCAUGAAUCUAUAGCAUUUCAAUACGACCUGGCAUAGAUCACAUUCAAAUAGU